AGUGGUAGGAGGGACCACAGAGAAACUUUGUGCUCAGGUCCAUCAAGCAACAGAGCCUCUGUCAUUGAAGGUGUCAAUGGAGAUGGAGGGUGGCAGCAGCACCAUUCUACUGGAGGAAGCCGUAACACAGGAUUUCUAUCGCUGCACCUCCUUCCAGGUACCCACAGUGAAGACUGACAGUGUGGCCACUGUCCAUGUUAGCAUCAAGGGGAGGAAGGAUGAGAUGAGUAAAAAGACCAAGAUCUUGAUCAAGCCCAAAAGAUUCCUCACCAUUUUCCAGACAGACAAACCAGUCUACAAACCUGGACAGACAGUCAAGUUCCGAAUCGUCUCGCUGGAUGCUAGUUUCUUGUCAUUCAAUCAGAUGUAUGAAACAGUGGAACUUCAGGACCCCAACUCCAACCGCAUUGCUCAGUGGUUGAACCAGUUAACAGUGAGUGGAAUUCUGGACCUGUCCCACCCCAUGUCUGCAGAGGCAACGCAAGGAAGUUACAUCAUCACUGCAUGGAAUGAGAAGGGAGAACAAACCUCCCAAAACUUUGACAUCAAAGAAUAUGUGUUGCCCAAAUAUGAGGUGAAAGUCCAUCUUCCCCAAACAAUAACUAUUCUGGACAAUCAAGCAACACUGAGAGUUUGUGGAAAAUACACUUAUGGAAAACCAGUGCUGGGGUCUGUCACGAUGAACGUUUGUAGAAAUGCCAUUCGACAUCACUGGUUAUAUGGUUCUAGUACUAUCUGCGAGUUGUAUAUUAGGAAAACCGACAAAACUGGUUGUGCAACCCAAAUUAUUGACGUGACCCGAUUCGCUCUAAAUGAAUCAAGGUUUGAUGACUUUGAAGUGGAGACUGAGAUGGAGGAAUAUGGAACGGGGGUCAUCCUUAAAGGUAGUGGCAAGGCAAGCUUUACCGAUGUCAUCGUAACUGUUUGUUUUGAGGACGUGCCCCAAGCAUAUAAACCAGGGAUUGCAUAUGAGGGGAAGAUCAAAGUGACCGGUCCAGACUCUACUCCCAUUCCCAAUGAGCCUGUGUACCUCUUCCUACAAAACAGUGGCACAUCUGAGGACUGGACUCUCACCACAGACAGCAAGGGCAUUGCUUCUUUCUCUCUAGACACUUCUCUGUGGAGUUCUGAGUCUGUGUCUCUGUCGGCUCGUUAUCAAAAGGUUAGGGAGGAUUAUCAGUACAUGCACGGUGUGCGUAGACCAGAAUAUACAUCCGCUUACCAUUUCGCAAGGAAAUUUUAUUCCAAGAGCAAGAGCUUUGUGAACAUAAUGCAGGGCGAAGGGAAGUUCUCCUGUGAGAAGGACGGUAUUGUUCUUGCUCGCUACAUCAUCCAGGGGGAGGAGCUGAUGAAGGGUGUCACGUUCUGACCAUAGUUCUUGUGU